AUGACAGCACAGAUUCUGGCCUCCGAGCUAGGGAACCUCAUACAGGAUUCGAAGCGCAAGAACUCUGAACUUCGAACUGCCGCAGAAAAGGCCCUCCAGGAUCUGAAAUGUCUUCGAGUAACUUCCGAGGCGCAGCUUGCGGCUGGCCAUGAUAUCCAGCUCAAAAUACUACAAUCUCUGCCGUCUCUAUUGCAACACUACCCUACAGAAAUACGAGGAAGCCCUCUUUCGACUGUCCUGCAGAUAUGCUCUGCUCUACAAAACGUGAAGAACUUCGCUGUCAGUAACACGGCAGCCGCAACACUUCAACAGCUUGUCAUAUCUGUCUAUGAGAGAGUUGUUUACGAAGACGAAAGAGCGCUGGAAAUCCCCCCUACUGCUGAAGUCUCUGGUGAUGAGGGUCCUAUCCCGGUCAGAAGCGCAGCUGAGGAUGCUUACAAGGUAUUCAACGACCUUAGUCUUCUUGCGAACGGCGAGAACCCAGUUCAUAUUCGAUUCUCCACGUUUCCGCAGACAUCGACUCUCGAGCUCAUUGAAGCUAUCUUGUCCAACUAUGGGAGAGUUGUGAAAUCUCAUCCGGAGCAAAUCCACAUUCUGCGUUCAUUGCUAAUGCCCAUGAUCAUCCGCUCAUUGUCUGAGCGAUCUGCUUUUCCAAUCACCUUACGUAUCGUCCGGAUCUUCAUUGUCAUUCUUGGAGACCAUCUGUCCACCAUGCCAUCGGAAUGCGAGAUUGCUCUUGGCCUACUCAACCACAUGCUUGAUCCUGAGGCCUCUCCAGUGUGGAAGCGCGCCCUUUGCCUGGAGGUCUUCCGGGGUAUCUACUCAGAUACACGCCUGGUGCUGUCCAUCUACAGCCGGUUUGAUGAAAAGGAAGGCAAGCGGCGCAUUAUUGGGGAUAACCUCGCGGCAUUCGUACGGCUUGCUACUGAAAAGCCCGCCGUCAUUGGGCUCGGUCAGCAUUCCACAGCACCGUUAAGCAGCAUCGAGGUUAAAGACUCCGCAUCAGAACAAGCAGUGGCUGAAGCUGGUGCACUUGCUGGUGUGAUUGGAGGGCCAGUGUCCGAAUCCAAUGCCAAUAAUCAUCCGAUUGGCAUCAGUUCUCAGUGGAGCUCACUCAAGGUGGCUUGUAUCGAGCAUCUGGACAAGACUGAGCCACCCGUCCUACCUGAGACCUACAUCUACAGUCUAGUCUUGACCUGUAUAACAAACGCCUCGGAAACUUUAGCCAAAUUCGUCUUGCCAUUAACAGUCCAUCACGAAAGUAGGGGCAAAAGAAAAGGCAAGGGAGACGAUGCCUCUGUGUCGCAAUCAGAAACGGCAUCUUCGGGGUCGAUCAAACGAAGGCUUUCGAGGUCUCACUCCUUCCGUAAAAGGACGAUCCCGGUCAACCCACUUGACCUUACGGUCCAUCCCGCAUAUGAUAAUAUGCAGACCACGUCAGCACUUGUUGGCGAGUGCUGGCCAGCGGUGCUUGCGACCUGCUCUACAUUCCUGAAUGCAACCCUUGAUGAUGAAUACUACCGGGCGCUGGUUCGAGCAAUACAGAAGUUCACCCAAGUGGCAGGCCUCAUGAGACAGUCUACGCCACGCGAUGCAUUUCUGACGACGCUUGGAAAAGCGGCUGUUCCUGCCAAUCUGUUGCUUGCUAACGUAUCUUCUCCAAGACAUCCAGUAGCGGAAAACUCGGGGUUGUUCUCGAACGCUAAAGGUCUCUUGAGCGUCGACAGUCUAGUCAGCCAGGCAUCAUCGAUAUCAAUGGAUAAGAAUCGGCGUCCGUCCCAUGAAGUGAGUCUGCCAACCUUAGGACCUCGAAAUCUCAUGUGUCUACGGGCAUUACUCAACCUUGCCAUUGCUCUUGGUCCUACGUUACAAUCCGCAUGGUCGAUCGUUCUCGAGGCACUACAGGUGGCGGACCUAGUAAUGUCUAUAUCGAGUAGUCAGAGCGCUACUCGUACGCCAGGGCUACAGGGGCGCUCUUUCGCUGAUUUGGCACCGGAGAAAAUUGAAGCAGAAGCGGCUGCUGUCCAAGCUGCUGCUCGGAGGCUGUUCGAGAGCAGCGUUGACUUUCCAAAUGAGUCUUUUCUCGAUAUAUUGCAAGCCCUAUGUAGUCAACUCGAUACAUCAAGUCCAUCAGCAAGCGGUCAGAGGACACCGACCACUUCAGCUCGCCCACAACUCUUGCAUCAACGCCGAGUGGGUAGCGUUUCUGGAAUAUCGCUGAGCACAGACACAAAUUCGAGGAACUCUGCAUUCACCUUGAACAAGAUUGGAGAACUCGCAGCUCUGAAUGAAGGGCGAAUGGCGCAAUAUGAGCCUUCGGAGAGUGGCUGGGGCAUUUUCGUCGCUGCGCUCGUCAGAUUUUGUCAAGAUGAUCGCAAGCAGGCGUCAGCACGCUUGCUCGCCGCUGAAAUCCUCUCCCGAACCGUUGUAGAUAUGUCGGAGCAUUCUACGACCGAGGAGAAUCGAGACCACGUACAGGAAAGGAUACUGUCCGCACUACGCACGCUCAUCUCAGCGGUGAUUCAGAUGGAACAUGAUGAUGCUUACGGUGAUACAGGCAAUCGGAUCCAUCAGAUUGCAUUGGAUGCGCUCAGAAACGUGAUCGAGAGAUGUGGAGAUUCGCUUGUUGCAGGAUGGGAUUCAGUGUUGGAUAGCCUGUUGAGCGUCUUCAACCAGCACGCUCCAGAGGAUAGCAAAGCCACUUAUCAGGCUAAUAUCGGGGAGAAUGAGUUGGCUCUUGCAUCCACGAAGGUUAUAACGAAAUCACUUGCACGCUCUGCUUUCGCGUCACUGCAGCUGGUCUGCUCAGACUUUCUGUCCGCAGUUCCAGAGAAAUCGCUUUCCACAAUCCUGGAGCUUUUGCUCAAGUUCUGUCUUCAACAAGAGGAUUUAAAUAUGUCACUUUCCACCGUAACGUUCUUUUGGAACCUAUCCGAUUUUCUUCAAUCCCGAAGCGAUCUCUCCUUAAUCCCCGACAUGUUAGGAAGCGCCAAAAGUCACAAGGAAGUCACCCGCGUAGUCAAAGAACACUCUCAAGAUGGGUCUACACAUGCACUGUGGCUCCAAAUUCUGCUGAAUCUUUCCGCCGUCACUGCCGAUGACCGUUCGGAACUACGGAACACGGCUAUUCAUACGAUUCAACGGAUUUUUGAGAGCCAUGCCGAGCAACUCUCGCCAUCCAGCUGGACCAUAUGUAUGCGUACGGUGCCCUUCGCUAUGGUAGAGACCAAUCUGGCCAUUCAUAUGGCAAUUCGCAGGCAGGUUCGAGCGUCACCAGAGGAGAUAACAGCCUGGAAUGAAACCACAAAAAACCUCCUGAGUUCUGUUAGUACACUGACGGUGGCGUACAUUGACAACGUCGAUGACAAGGAAGUCCUCGGGGCAGCUUGGUCUGACCUCCUGGAUUACUUCCGAGAAUAUUUCCGUUGCGGCUCCCACGCCUUAGGAUAUUCGGUCUUGACCACCAUAACUUCGGUUCUGUCUAGUGCUCGGGCGAAUGAUCGUCUUGACUUCUCCGCACUUCACAAGACUGCAAGGGUCUGGGAAGAAUAUGUUGACCAACGUGACAGUCCUGCGUGGACAUCUUGGUGUGAAGGCAAUCAGGACGCUUUCCUGGCGUACGCAGAAGCUUUCAGAUCUAUCUACACUAUCUCAACGACCCGAUUGAACUCCGAACUUCCUUCCAUGCUUUCUCAUUUGCAAAAAUGCGUCAGCGACUCGGAAGAUGUGCCUUAUACUUCAGACAUCGACCAUAUGACCCCCUUGCAAAGUCGGGUCAUUGAGUCCUUCUCCAUCAUAGACUGCGGAAGCAGUGAGGUGCGGGAGGCACUGAUCAGAACUCUGAGCAACUUUACUACACUCCCGUACGUCUCUUCGGUCGAAAGACCGGCAAAGCGAGGCCCAACAUUCGUUGCGUUGUCAAAGGCAGCUAUGAACCUUCUACCCGCUAUUACCGGGAAACAUAUCAAAGAACAGGGCAUAUAUCCUACUGACGCAUUCAAGAUCGCUAUGGACAGCCUGUGUAUACCGAUUGAGAAGAAGUACGUAUGGCAGCAAGAAGGAAAGUCUCCAACGCUCUGGGAAAAGGCGACUACGACGGCCCUGGACAUACUGGGCGUUGGCUUGGAGAACAUAAGAUUUAACGAACGAGAAGCCGAACAAACAAAGAAGCUUUGGGCGGACACUCUCUACAAGAUUGCUCGCAGAAUCAUCGGGGUGCGGGAUGACGUCUUUGAUCCCCUCCCGUGGGUAGAAAGAGACGAGGCCUCUGACAUGAAAUCGUUCAGAUCGAUCCGAGAAAUGCUUACGGAAGCUCUGGGCUGGUCUUGCGUUCCGGAUACGACACGGCGUAUGUACGCAUUGGAUCUGUUCCGAACAUCCUUGAUUCAUCUCCCUAACCCUGACGAAAUCGAAAAUCGCAAGCUCUCCAAGACGCCGCUACAGGGCUUAUACGAGAUACGUUUCGGUCAGACUAAAGACCUAGAUAUGAUACCCCGGAUGGACAUUGCCUAUGUUUGCUUCUCAGAGCUCCUGGCGCUGGUUUCGGCGCAAGGCGCCUCUCCGGACCGGGUCAGGCUUGCUAAAGCAGCGGCGCCAUACCUUAUUCUACGGGCAGCCCUUCCGCUAAGGGCAUAUAUUGCUGAUCGCCCACUUCGGGGACGUAUGCCCACUCCCGACUUUCAGCAACGUGAAUUGCUCUUCACCUUGAAGGCGUUGGGGGAGCUGAAGAGUGAGCCCCAGGCUAUUCCGGACGUGCCAGGAGCUACCUCUACGUAUCGGAAGCAUUUGCAUCGGUUGUAUCCUCUGCUGCUCAAGGCACUCAAGGUCGCUAAGAAUGAUGCAAAGGUAUUUGGCGAGCUGACAAGCUUGAUGGAGAAGGUUGGGGAUGAAUUCGGCAUUGAAGGGGAUGAUUAG